AUGAUGCUGCACAAGCCGAACAACCAGGCCGUCAACUGCCCUCAACGCCGCAUCCUGAUCAGCGUGUCGGUGCUCGGCAGUGCGGGGCCCAUCCGCUUCGUCGUCAGCGAAGACGAGCGCGUCGCGGCUGUGAUCAGGACUGUCCUCAAGAAAUACGCCCGUGAGGGGCGUUGGCCGGUGCUGGGAUCCGAUUUCAAGGAGUUCGUGCUGUACUGCCCCAGCAUUCCAGGAGUGGAAGCUUUGAGUCCGUUGGAGACGAUUGGAUCGUUUGGCGGAAGGAAUUUCAAGCUUUGGAAGAAGUCGCAUGUGCAGAAAGCCAAUGCCGCCACGGCGGCGGCGGCGGCGACGGAUGAAGAAGAUCACAAGCGGCAGCCAAUUGAUCUGAAAGGGAAUAAUAAUAGGAGUUGGAAGACGUGGUUCAAUAAGUUUGUUCACCUUACAAAGGUUUCUUGCCAUUGA